GAAGCUUCCACCACCUCGGAUUAAGUGUUUACAUCUUCCUCCGUCUUUUUAUCCAUCUUUUACACUGACAUGCCGCAAGAACGGGUGAGAGCGCCUGCGGUUGCCGGCCAGCCUGGCGCCCCAGCGGCCAAUGGAUGGGAGGAUAAACUGUGGUCUAUCGGGAAGAAUCUCGCCAUCUUCAUUGCUAUGCAAGUCGCCAUUCGCCAAUUUAUGGGCGGCGGCAGCACCAACAACGCUCCUCCAGGUCCAGUGAUGGCGACUGAUGGCGCUCAGGCUGAUAACUACCAGUAUGCGUCCGUCCCACAGGGUCUCCAUCCUUUGUGGCCCGCCAACACAAGCGUCGAUAUUGCGCUGUAUGUCUCGUCCAGCGUCAUCAUGCCUGGCUUCAGCGCCAUGCCUGCCGAGAGUCUCAUCGUUCGCGAGAGGAACUUCUCUCUCGCAAGUAGCGAGAAGGAUAGCCGCGAGAUUCAUUCCAGCUUCCAGGUCCCGAAAAGCGUGCAAGCAAAUGGCACCUUAUGGGCUCAUAUAUUCGUUGCCCAGACCGGCGCCGUCCUCGACCCUUCAUCUGCUUCAUACGAUACCUCCAAGGCGUAUCGCAUGCUCCGCCCAUUAACACAGUACCUUGCAAAGAAAAAAGUGCGCAAAGCGCGCAAUCUGCUUGAAGCGAAGAAUGAGACGGAAACACUCGUAGAGGAAGAGAUUGAAGAACCCACGGGGCCCAUCGUCGGAUCCUUCUAUCAUCCAAACUUCACACUCUCCUUCAUUCCGGAAACAGGCAAUGUGAACUAUGGUCAGCUUCAUCCAGCGGUCAAGCAGUAUUACGUCCUGGAGUCUACAGGAGCUCGCGACGCGACUGGUCAGAAUGGCUGGUAUUACCCUGUGCUCUAUCUGAACACCUUCUGGCAGCUGAAACCGCACAUGGUUGAACUGAAUUCGACUCUUCCAAUCGAUCGCCUGCCCAUCAAUAUCAACAUAGGCACGCUACACAAUUGGGCAUUCAGCAUCAUGACCAGCUUGGAUGAGGGAAUGAAGGAGACUGCGCGCAAAGCGGCACACGGCCAGACCACACCUGGAGGAGGAGAUGGCAGUGAGAUGGAUCUCAUCAAGGAGACGUUGCUGGACACGAAUGUCUGGCUACUCGGGACCACUGUGGUGGUCAGUAUUCUACACAUGAUAUUCGAGAUGUUGGCCUUCUCCUCCGACGUUGGCCAUUGGCGCAAGAAGAAGGAUAACGUCGGCGUAUCUGUUCGCACCAUUCUCUCCAAUGUUUUCAUGCAGGGUGUCAUCUUCCUCUACCUCAUUGACAAUAACGAAAAUACUUCAUGGAUGAUUUUAUUCGGACAGGGAAUGGGCAUCGCCAUCGAAGCAUGGAAGGUCACGCAGGCCGUCAAUGUUCGUCUACGCGAACCAGCGCCAGGCUCUUAUGCGCACAAGUUCGGCCUGCCUUUGACAGUGGUAUUCGAGGACAAGCACAAGCUCAGCGAGACGGAAGAAAAGACGGAAGAAUACGACAGAAUUGCGUUCAAGUACAUGGGCAUUGUCGCAGUCCCGCUACUUGCGGCAUAUGCCGUUUACUCGCUGCUGUACGAAACCCACAAGAGCUGGUACAGUUUUGUCAUCACGACUCUCGUAGGCAGCGUCUACGCGUAUGGGUUCCUCAUGAUGGUACCCGCCCUUUACAUCAACUACCGCCUUAAAUCUGUCGCGCACAUGCCUGCUCGCACGAUGAUGUACAAAGCGCUUAACACCUUCAUUGACGACCUCUUUGCCUUCACCAUUAAGAUGCCGCUCUUGCAUCGUCUAGCCACGCUCCGUGACGAUGUUAUUUUCUUCGUGUACCUAUACCAGGCUUGGGCGUACAAGGUCGACCACACUCGUAUCAAUGAAUUUGGCCAGGGCGGUGACGACGAAGAGGCUGAGAGCAAAGCUGCGGCGAAGCCAUUGUCUGCGGCGCCAACACCAGGCAAGGUUACCGACGCUGAUGGCGAGGCCAUCAGAGAGUUGAACGAUGCACCGGCGGCGGCAGUCAGCUCUGCGAAGGAGAAGAGUGCAGCCAGGAAGAGGAAGAACUAAAUCGACUGAUAUACACUUUGUAAUAUAUGAUAUGUUGCUUCCCAUGAAUUUUUCAAAAUAGAAACCUGGCUUUGGCUCACGACAUAUGAACCACAUUCGUGGCUUGACCGAGCCAUAAAACUGUUGCGAUACUGUUUCUCGCUGAUUACGCACACGGUCAUGACGGCGAGACCGAAAUAUCAGGCAGGCACGCAAGAAAGCCGCGGAGAACAUAUUCAGUUCGCUGAUUUAACUGGACGGCAAUGAAAGCGACGGUUGACAGUCGAUAGACAUGGUGAUCGACCAACUUGUCGACAUCUUCCAUGUUUUAUCCUAAAACUGUGGUCCGCCAGCAAGAAGGGAAGAUUACCACCUGGGCAAGCUCGCGUCAAAGAAUCGUUCUAGACAUUGAUAUC